UUACUUUGUUGAAGUAUACCAUCCACUUUCAUGUUGUGAGAAAUAUUGCCUAUUUUAGAAUGCUUAGCCCGGGAAAGAUCACUACUCUUUAAUUUUCCCUUCCCUUAAAUCUCAUAGUUCAAUAAGAACAUCACUAUUAGUGUAAUCAAAUAACUAUAUAUAUGUAUUAUUAAAGCACGAUUCUUAGUGUGGACAAAAUUACGAAUUUAACAGAAAAUUGUAUUACAAGAAAACCAGUCUACCGCCACAUUAUUUUCACUCGCGAGGAUGGUAAACGUGUGUGUGGGUGCGGGGAGGUUAAACCGCCUACUUUAAGGGAAACGUUUCUUAAGCAUUGAAAGAUAAUAACGCAAAAAAAUGGUGGCAUUAUAUUUUGGUAGGGACGAGUAUUUUGUUUUAUUUUGCAUAUAAUUCUAUGUUCAUAAUAUUGAAUUAGAUCAGUAGUAUAAUAGUAUAGUUCCUAUGCCCCAGAUUUUGUUUUAUAACUGCUACAUAAGUUUGUUAACCUGUAGUUCUCGUCUUUUUGGAUACUUUUGCUAAUGCCAUACAAAAUUUCGAAAUUUUCUGAGUGUGCCCCUCAAACUGUUCAAGAUAAGCACACACUAUUUUCCUUUCUAUUUAUUUGCGGACUAGGUAAAUAAAACUAAGAUAGACGAACAAAACAGAUAUUCUACAUUUAUAUAUAUAUUGAUACUGAGGUCGAAUGAAGUCAUUACUUGUUAUAGUAUCCGUAUAUUUAAGUAUAUAUAUCUGCUUGUGUGGCUGCCUUACCAACAGCAGUGCGCAGGGACAAUACAUCUCGCUUUGUCUGUUUGAUAUGUAUGUAAAUAAGACUUAGAAGGAUCUGACUUUUUAUGCAUUCAUGUAGUCAUGAAGUUUAUUUUGGUAAUGUAUCAACUAAUCAAUGGGGGCCUUUUAUUUUGUGAAUGCAUGAAUUUGCCCGUGAAUGUUUAUUAAAUACUAAUUCACAUGCAUAUAUAUUACAUGUAUGUAAAUUUCUGACAAUAACAUACCAAUAUGUAGGUUACUAGCGUCCGAACAUCUGUUUGUAAUUAUACUGGUCAUGUAAGUUAACGGCACAUCAGGCGCUGUAUCCUGCCUCUACGACAAACAUCACAAACUUCCGCAGCUCUGGGAACAAUUGUUAGACUGUUUAAAGGACAACAUUACUAUGGUUGGAUGUUCAUAAUCUAUCCUGCCUAUAUCCCUGGUGACUUGCUGGACGGCGCAAUAAAUAUGCAGGAGGUACCUCUCGAGGUUGUUCGUGCAGAGGAGUGUCCCUCAGAAGAAAAGCCUCGGCCAAGCCCAGUAGCCUUUCGUAUCUCUAUAUGGCGCUUCCUGUGCUGUACCGUGCCAAUUGUUCUUUGUGCCGUGGUAUCAAUAAUAUCGGUCCAUGUCUGCAAGAAUCAAGGAUUUGUCUACGGAGCCGCCAUUGCAGCACUGUGCGCAAUCGGGAUAUAUUUCUUCAAUUUCUGCCUAGCCAUUGCCAUGAUUAUUUUCUUCGUUGGCUUGCGACGUCCAUUCUGUACAUAUAGCGAUGAGACGAAAGGAGCGAUGGCACCAAGAGCAUUUAAUGUUAUAAACAUAUUCAAUGUUUUCCUUGCAUUUAUUGUGGCUGUGGUUGUAGUGUGUAUUGUCAGUAUUGAACGGAGGAAAUAUGACAUUGGAGUUCCUUGGCCACAAUAACAGUGUUAUUACAGUUGUAGCUAGCCAAGGGGUUCCUGUAUAUUUCACUCGGACGACAAUUGGAGGAAAAUAUGGCAUACCGACUGUCAUUAUCCAAUAAGAUUUAUUUCUGUAUUCAAGUAUUACAAGUAACAAUAUACAUUGAUUUUACGGAUUGGAAUUUAAGUCAAUUGGGGAAUAGUUUUAUUUUAUACAUUAUCAUUAUUGCACACAUGCAUAUUAAAUUAAUAUUCUUGGAUUAUAAUUAAACUCCUCCGUGACGUAAGCUGAUUAUUUAACCAUGGUUGAUAUUCGCAUAUACAAUGUAAAAUAAUUAUGAUAGGUACAAGUGCAUUGGUCGCCAUUUAUAAUUGAGCGCAAUGUGAAGACCUCUAAUUAAUGUUCUAUAUAUCAACAUAUGAUAUCCUGGAACAUGAAAAAUAGACACACAUGAACUGAUGCGAAUCAUUGCUUACUUUUAUUUUAUUACAACGGAGAGCAGGUCUAAAAUCGUUUUCCCGAAAACCAAAUUUUGAAUGUACGAUUCUUUUAAUAGCUAAAUAUGCUACUUACUUGUUUGUAUCCUAACGCAUUCAUUAAAUACUUGUAUUACAUCAGCAAA